UUUGAUUGGACGACGGCCGCUUCUGAACCCUCCAGAACCCGACGGCUGAGGCCAAGUCGGCCCAGCUCCAUCAACAACACGGCAGAACCGGGCGCUUCCUUCGAGGAGGGCCCAGCCUCCACGUCAGAAAGCAGCCCGCCUUCAGUGCCCUUCCUGAGAAACCCACGGCUCGGGGGAAAGGGGAGGAGCGAGACUGAGGCCCGGUGCGGCGCGUGACGUCAGAGCUCGCUGCGCCCCUUCGUCACGUGACAGGAUGUCGCGAAAGGAGGAAGCCGGAAGCAGGAAGUAAGUGCCGAAAAACAAGCCUGAGGGGACUGGGAGGAGUAGAGCGGCUCUCCGGCCAAAGCCCUUUCCCGCUUCCAUUGUCGUCGCGCCCGGCGGGGUCGGGUCUCCAGCGCCGCCAUGUCUGCCAUGGAGAAACAUCUCUUCAACCUGAAGUUUGCUGCCAAAGAGCUCAACAGAAAUGCCAAAAAGUGUGACAAGGAAGAAAAGAUUGAAAAAGCUAAAAUUAAGAAGGCAAUUCAGAAAGGUAACACUGAAGUUGCACGAAUACAUGCAGAAAAUGCCAUCCGGCAGAAAAACCAAGGGAUCAACUUCUUGCGCAUGAGUGCUCGGGUGGAUGCUGUAGCCGCCAGAGUGCAAACUGCAGUGACCAUGGGCAAGGUCACAAAGUCAAUGGCUGGAGUAGUUAAAUCGAUGGAUGCUACGCUGAAAAGUAUGAACUUGGAAAAGAUAUCUGCCUUAAUGGAUAAAUUUGAGCAGCAAUUUGAAACCUUGGAUGUUCAGACGCAGCAGAUGGAAGACACAAUGAGCAGUACUACAACACUAACAACACCACAAGGCCAAGUGGAUCUGCUUAUGCAAGAAAUGGCAGAUGAAGCUGGCCUUGACCUGAAUAUGGAACUACCUCAGGGACAGACAGGCUCAGUUGGCACAAGUGUUGCUUCAACAGAACAGGAUGAGCUCUCGCAAAGAUUGGCACGCCUCCGGGAUCAAGUGUAACGAGAAGAGCCCCCGCCCGUGGUCUUCUGCAUACGCUUCAAAAGCACUCUCUGUGUGUGUAUAUAACUCACAGCCUGACUGGGACCUGUUUCCCUCUAACACAUCUGGAUAUUUGAGUAGGAUACUAAUAGGCACUCUUGUUCGUCUCGCUGCUCUCUCUCUCUCUCUCAAAUGCAUCAAGUAACUCAGUGAUAGUAUGACCUUUCUCUGUGUUUUCUAGUUCUGUACAUUUUGCAGUGGAGGCUUAUAUUUUUGCAGAUCUCUUUUCAAAGACGCUGACUGAAAUUCCACGCCAAGUGUCUCAUCAGAUCAUCAGACCUGUGAAGCAUUUGUCAGAUCAUCAGAAGAGCAGCCUUUCUUAACCUCUGUAUUUUAAGUUAUAUCGUAGAGUUUUAAAUUAUGAAUAAUGUCUCCAAAUUACUGAGGUGGUGCAUGCUGUUCACGAUUGCCAUGCUUAAAUUCUCUCAAUCAAGGGGAAAUGACCAGUUGGACAGAAUGGUUAUUUGUGUGUCUGUGUUUGUAUGUAUUGUUUAAAUACCACUGGGAUAACCUUUCUAUGAUAUUGUAGGAUAAGCAUCCUUGUAGUAAGGCUUAUAAGUAUAGUUAUGCUGUUCUCAUAACUGGAAGAUCAUCCUGGCAUCAUCACUUCAGUACCAAAGGAAUAAAAUAUAUUUUCGACUC